AUGGAGGAAAAUACUCUGCCCGGAGCAACAUCUCCCUGCUCGGCUCCAGUCAGCUCCUCGAGGCCCGACCCAGAGGGGGAAAGCAGCCCCGUGAAGGCAGAAAGUGCUCAGAGGAUGGAGGCUUCGGCUAAGAGAGAAACGGAGCGGCAGCUAACUACCCCCACGAAAGCCGACGCCAUGUGUCGCUCGCCCCGCUCCCCGGCAUCACCGGGCCCCAGGUCCAAAAAAGACAUCAUGAAGUCAGAGGAGAGGCAGAAGCUUGCAAAGGAACGCCGAGAGGAGAAGGCCAAAUAUCUGGAAGAGCUCAGCAAGUUGCAAGCUGCCAAAAAGAACCAGUGGCUGGAAAAGGAGGAGAAGGCCCGCCAUUUGAGGGAGCAGCAGUUGGAGGAACGCCGUAGAAAGCUGGAGGAGCAGCGGAUCAAGGCUGAAAAACGGCGAGCCGCCCUGGAGGAGAGACAGAAGCAGAAACUGGAGAAAAAUAAAGAGCGCUACGAGGCAGCCAUUCACAGAUCCACUAAGAAAACAUGGGCAGAAAUCCGCCAGCAGAGAUGGUCAUGGGCCGGCGCUCUGAACCAGAACUCGACUCAGAAAGAAGGCAGAUGCUCUAUUUCAGCGGUCAACCUGCCCAAACACGUGGACUCUGUUAUAAACAAGCGACUCUCCAAGUCCUCCGCCACACUCUGGAACUCCCCCAGCAGAACCCGCAGCCUUGCAUUGAGUCCAUGGGAGAGCAGUAUAGUGGACCGGCUGAUGACCCCUACGCUGGCUUUUCUCGCUCGUAGCCGCAGUGCCGCCAGUGUCCUCAGCAAUGGAAAAGAUGGCCACUCUCCUCUCUGUCCCCGUUCGGCCUCAGCCAGCCCCCUCACACUUUGUGCCCACCAGCCCCACCACCGCUGCUCUGACCGCUGGAGGGUGACGUCCAGCACACCAGAUAUCACUCAGCGCCAACACAGGCGGAGCUCCACGCCUAUGGAUAAAAACAAGAAAGAAAAGAAAGACAAGGAACGGGAGAAUGCGAAGGAGAAAAAUGCCAUCUCUAAAGAGAAGGUGCUGAAAAAAAGACAAUCUCUACCCAGUAUGAGACACAGACCUGAUCCCAGUCCCAGUCCUUUAUCGAGACCCCGACCAGCGUCCCCAGCCACACCCAAAGGCAGAACUGCCUCCCCCAGCCCUGCUGCCUCCCCGAAACCCCCGUCAGCAAGAGCAAGUCCAGUGACCCCAAAAGCCCGGCCCAAAAGAGCCAGGACCCCAGCCAGGAUAGAGCACCGGACCUCCUCACCCACACCCACUGAGAGAGUAAAGGAGCCUCGCAGGACUGCCACGCCUGAGGAGAGGAAGGGCUCCCUUGUGACUCCGGCCAUUACACUGUCCUCUGCCGGCUCCACAACUCACGCUUCAGGCACACCGGUCGCCAGCAGUGCCACUCCUCCCCCACCUGAGCCUGUGGCUUCAGCUCCCUCCGCCCGUGCCGGGUCGCCGGCUCCUUCUCCGUCAGCCAAGCCCAUGGCGGGCACCAACAACCCGGAGGAGGCUGCUCGCAUCCUGGCGGAGAAACGCCGCCAGGCUCGAGAGCAGAGGGAGAGAGAGGAGCAGGAGCGGCGCGAACAGGAGGAGAAGGAGAAGGUUCUGAGAGAAGAGCGAAUCGCGAGGGAGGCAGAAGACAGACAACGCAGGGAGGAGGAGGCCCGAGCCAUGGCUGAGGAGCAGCAGAGGAGGGAUGAAGAGCAGCGGCUACAGGAGGAGAAGGAGGCCGAGGAGAGAGCCAGGGCUGAGGAGGAGGAGAACUUACGUCUGCAGAAACAGAGAGAAGAAGCUGAGGCCAGAGCCCGGGAGGAGGCGGAGAAGCAGCGUCUGGAGAGGGAAAAACACUUCCAGAAGGAGGAGCAGGAAAGACUGGAGAGGAAAAAGCGCCUGGAGGAAAUCAUGAAGAGGACGCGUAAGAGUGAUGGAGGAGACAAAAAAGAGUCCAAGUCCUCCACAGCCACACAUGUCAAUGACAAAGAGGCAGAGGGCAGCAAAGCUUCUGCAGACUAUCAGCCAAAGCCAGAAGCUGUCCCACCCAAUAACAAGACAGAAAAUGGACAGACCAAAGCUAUGGAAAGCCUCGCAGUGGUUAAUGGGGUCCAGCCCACGAGGCAUGAGAAUGGACUGUCCACAAAAGAAGAGACGGCCAACAUUGAGGACAUCGUCCACCUUACAAAUCACGGCAACACCACUAACGGAGCCAGGGAUAACUCUGAGACCAGCGUGACCGCUGAGCCCAUCCUGUCGUUCGAAAGCGAGGAGUCGUUCAUGAAAAAAGCAGGAACCAUGAAGCCUCAGCAUGUCGCAGAGGUCCUGUGA